CAUGGGUGUUCAACAAAAUCAUCUGUCACCGUUGCACAUAUAUUGGGUGUUCUUGCUGGCUAUAUCAACAGCCAUCGGUUUCCGUCACGCCAAUAAUGCCAAAUCACUGAAUAUCAGACCAUUAAAUGCAUGCCCACGCAAGGUGGCCGUUAUAGGAAGCACUGGAAGCAUAGGUUGCCAAACCCUGGACAUCAUUCGUCGCAUUAACGCAACAUAUGAUGAGCCACUCUUUGACGUUGUGGCUCUAUCAGCCAACUGCAACAUUAAAGAUUUGGCGCAGCAGGCAAAGGAGUUCAAACCUAAGAUCUUGAAUAUUAACUAUGGAUAUGAUGAACUUCGCCAGAACGUUAACAAUGAUAUCGACAUUACUGAAGGUAAAGAAGGUAUACUACAACUAUGUAGGAAUUUUGACUAUGAUCUAUUGGUCAUGGGUAUAUCUGGAUGUGCCGGCAUUGAACCGACCAUAGCAGCAGCUGAGGCAGGUAAAAGUGUGGCUUUAGCUAACAAAGAGUCUGUUGUAUCAGCAGGUAGUACACUGCGUAGAGUCCUCGAUAAAAGCAAGUGUGAACUGAUACCCAUCGAUUCUGAACACAAUGCUAUAUACCAGUGCCUUGUGACAUCUCCUAGGGAUCUCUUAGAACACACGAAGGAAAGGGAUCCCAGAGCUAUGUGCAGGAUAUCGACAAACGUUUUAAAUUCGGUGAAACGUUUGAUUAUAACUAGUAGCGGCGGCCCUUUCAGGGAUACCGAUAAGUCCUUAAUGAAAACACUUCGCCUUAAGGAUGCCAUAAAACACCCUGUGUGGAGUAUGGGUGCGAAAAUAACUAUUGAUUCAUCCACAAUGAUGAAUAAAGGUUUAGAGGUAAUUGAAGCUCAUGAGCUUUUUGGAAUUCCGUAUGAUAACAUUCAAGUGGUCAUUCACAAAGAAUGCAUUGUCCACUCGAUGGUACAAUUUGUUGAUAACUCGGUUUUGGCACAAAUGUACAACCCCGAUAUGAGGUUACCUAUCGCAUACGCUCUAAAUUGGCCUGAUAGGAUGGAAUCUACGCUCCCAGAAUUGGAUUUGCUCAAGCAGCAACUGACAUUCACGGACCCUGAUUUAGAAAAGUUCCCUUGUCUUAAGUUGGCUUUUGAAGCCGGAAAGAUGGGUGGAUUGUAUACAACAGUUUUAAACGCAGCAAAUGAACGCGCUAAUGAGUUUUUGAGGGAAGAUGCAAUAGCUCAUUGGGAAAUACAUGAGCUGGUGAAGCGUGCGGUAGAAGAGUACAAACAUCCAAACAUAGACCACCCUAGGAUUGAGGAUGUAAUGGAAGCUGAUUCAUGGGGGAAGAACCAUGUUAUGGAAUCUAUGAAGAAUAGACACUAA